AAUCAAUGUGGUUUCAAAAGUUUCAGAUUCAUUCAGUGUUGUGAUUUGGCUAAGUAAUCUUAUCCAUAGGUGCUCAUUUUAUUGUCUGUUCAAUUAGAAACAAAUAUGGGGAAACGAAGAUUUAAUGAAAAAGGUCGCCAACAUGUUGAAACUAUAAUAGAUAAUAGCGCUACAAAACAGAUUAAGCUUGAUUUUGGUGUAAACUACAGAGAAUAUGGCUCUCACGAUGAGGCUAACUUACUAGUUCUUCCUUCGAAAAAAAGACCAACUAAAAUCAAGCAUGACAAAACUAUAGUUACUAAAAUCUUGUCAAAAAAGCAGCGUAAGCGCCUGGAAAGGAUUGUUGAUCAGAAGAAGAAAAAGGAGAACCGAUCGUCCUUAAUUGCUGCAUUAGCAAAAGUACAGGUUCCAGCGGAAGAAUUGAAAAGUUACUUGAAAAUUAGCGCGUUACAAACUAAGGGUUUGAAGCAGUAUUUUAAAGAACAAAAUUCUGCAAAAUCUAGUCCGAGUAAAGUCCUUAAAGAAAAAGAAAAACGACAGAAACACAAAUAUAUUGGCACGAGUAAGAAACAUUCAUCAAUUAAUACUAUUAGCAAACAAAUACGAAAUAAUUUACACACGGUUGGAUUUGAUGACAGCUCAGAGGAAGAAAUAUGCAAUGAUUCCUUUCCAGUAGGCAAUUCAACAGAAUCUAAUGCACUAGAAUACACUCCGUGUAAUGAAACUACUGAAAUUGAUAUUAGUGUGCAAAAUGUAGCAAAAAAUACAAAACCUGAUAUAAAAGAUAUGCAGAGAAAACCAGUUAUCUUCGUUCAUGUUGAUCGGGAUUCAAAGAUUCAGGCUGCACGACUUCGGCUUCCAAUUCUCGCCGAGGAGCAGAUUAUUAUGGAAACUAUUAGCGAAAAUACAAUUGUUAUUCUUGCGGGAGAAACUGGAAGCGGAAAAACCACACAGGUUCCUCAGUUUUUAUAUGAAGCAGGAUAUGCACUACCAGAACGUGGCAUUAUUGCUAUUACUGAGCCUCGACGCGUUGCGGCUAUUUCGAUGUCGAAACGAGUCGCUAAAGAAAUGAACCUUUCAGAAGAUAUUGUAUCCUAUCUGAUCCGUUUUGAAGGAAACGUUACCGAUAAAACACGAAUAAAAUUUCUCACUGAUGGCGUACUACUCAAAGAAAUUCAAAACGAUUUUUUACUGAAUAUAUAUUCUGUGGUUAUAUUGGAUGAAGCACAUGAACGUAGCGUGUAUACCGACAUACUUAUUGGUUUGCUGUCACGGAUCGUGAUUCUACGUGCCAAAAAAGGAAAUCCCCUUAAACUCAUUAUUAUGUCUGCUACAUUAAGAGUUAAGGAUUUUACGGAAAAUCAUCAUCUUUUCAGUAAAAUCCCGCCAGUUAUAAAUGUUGAAUCGCGUCAAUUUCCGGUUACAGUCCAUUUCAACAAAACAACUGCUACCGAUUAUGUACGAGAAAGCAUUUUGAAAACCAUGAAAAUUCAUACUAGACUGCCGGAGGGCGGUAUUUUGGUUUUUGUCACUGGCCAAAAAGAGGUUAAUUAUGUAGUUAAACGGCUCCGAAAUGCAUUUCCUUACAAAAAUGCUUGCAUGGAAAAACAUGAUCUUCAAAAGCAAUCAUAUGAACUUGAUAGAAAACUUACAAACAUUUGUGGUUUAAAAAAUACAACCAAAAGUGGCAGUAAACGAAGUAAUCGAAAAUCGCAAGCUGGAGUUAAACUACCUAAGAUUAACCUUGAUAAUUAUGAAAUGCCAUGGGAUACAGAAGAUUUAGAAAAGGACCAAGUGAGUGAUUCAGAAUCCGACUUUGAUGAAUUUAUGUGCACCUCUGAAUAUUCGCCUAGUCAAUCACUUUGGGUGUUGCCAUUAUACUCUCUGUUGUCUUCUGAAAAACAACAAAGGAUUUUUGAUGCCCCUCCCGAAGGAACACGACUGUGUGUUGUAGCUACAAAUGUUGCGGAGACAUCUUUAACUAUACCGGAUAUUAAAUAUGUUGUUGAUUGCGGUCGCCAAAAGACCAAACUCUAUGAUAAAGUGACGGGCGUUUCCACUUUUGCAGUGACUUAUAUUAGCAAAGCAUCUGCUAACCAACGAGCAGGAAGAGCCGGGAGAGUAGCUCCUGGUCAUUGUUAUCGGUUAUAUUCCAGCGCAUUAUACAAUGACGAAUUUAUAGAAUUUACAACACCUCAGAUUCAAGUUAAACCUGUUGACGACUUAAUGCUGCAAAUGAAGAGCAUGGGCAUUGAUAAAGUUGUGAAUUUUCCUUUUCCUUCGCCGCCAGAUCGUGCUCAGUUGAAAAUAGCGGAAAACCAAUUAGUACGUAUGGGAGCUUUGCAAGAAUAUAUAGUAAACAAAAAAAAAAUUCAUUCUAUAAGCCGUGUAACUGAGCUUGGUCGAACUAUAGCAGCUUUUCCAGUCUCUCCCCGGUUUGGAAAAAUGUUGGCUCUGAGCCAUCAGUAUGGUUUACUUCCGUAUGCUAUUUGUAUGGUGGCAGCACUUUCUGUACAAGAAGUUCUUCAGGAGGUAUCAUUCUCUGAAAAUUCAAACAGCUAUCAAAAAUGGCGUAAUAAACGAAAAGCUUGGGCUGGAACUGGCAACUCAUUUCUACUUGGUGAUCCUAUGAUUUUACUUCGAGCUGUUGGAGCUUCAGAAUUUGCAAACAGUAAAGGUCGUCUCGCAGAGUUCUGCGAAGAAAAUGGUCUUCGCCUAAAAGCUAUUAAAGAGAUCCGCAAGCUACGAGUUUUACUCACGAAUGAAAGCAAUGCAAAUUUACAAAAACUUAAUUUAACAGUAGAUCCUCUGAUGCCGCCACCAAAUGAUGCGCAAGCUAGACUUUUACGACAACUAAUGCUCAUUGGGAUGGCCGACCGUGUGGCUCGCAAAAUUCCUGAUGCCGAGAUCAAACUUAAAUCUGAUAGAAUUAAGUACAAACACGCAUACAAUAUAAGUGACGUGGAAGAGCCUGUCUUUAUACAUACUAGUUCAGUACAUAGAAAGCAAGAUUUUGAAUGGGUCUGUUAUCAAGAAGUGUAUGAAACCAUGGAUGGAGGAACGACGAAAAUGUUUAUUCGUGGAAUCACUGUGAUAGAACCGGAGUGGCUUCCGCAAUUAGUUCCGAGUUACUGUAAUGUUAUAGUACAAAAUGAACCAGAACCUACAUAUGAUGCUGCUAAAGACAGCAUAAUGUGCUCCGUAAAAGCAACAGUAGGGAAAUCAGGGUGGAGUCUACCGAUAACGAUGAUUGAAAUGCCAGACGGUAUAACAAGAUCGCAAUACUUUUCCAAAUUUUUCUUGGCUGGGGAUGUAUGCCCGAAAUUGAAAAAAUUCCGAGAAUUUUUGCUGUCAUCUCCAGAUACCAUUGUCAAAACGUAUUCCUCAACGAUCCCGCGAAUAAACGCAUUAGUAAAAACUAUUCAUCAUAACGAAAUUUACAAUCGAACCCGACUGGAGCAACUUUGGAAAACUGAUCAAAAUUUUUUGCUUGAUGAAUACAUGCAGUUUCUGCCAGCUUCUUGUCAGGAGGACGUUCGUCGUGUAUGGCCUCCAGUCAAUAAUAUAACGUGAGCAAACGUUUAAUAUUCUUUUAUAUGUGUCACGGUUGGUAUAUAUUCAAAAUGUAAAUAACCUUGUAACAUCUGUUUUGGCAACUUUAAUAAAACUUCAA